UUCUGUCACUGUCAUGUGGUUGUCUUACAGGCAACAGCCAUCCCCCGUGAUUUGAGCGUAUAACCAAUUAUUGUUAUUAAAGAUGAAUCUGCUGCAGUAUACUUGGAGAAUAAUGAAACAAACAAAAAAACUGGUGUGUCUUGCCUCUCUCCACCAACCUGUCUGCGCGUGACGCAAGGGUAGUCUACUUAAAGCAGGAUUAGCGCCCUACCAACAUUACACUCAACUGCCCUCCAUUCAAGCACGGCGCGACCUGGCGUCCAGCGCUCGCCAUCGAAAAUAGGAGGGCUUUCUACUAAUCAGCACUCAGACUCGCGCGAGCAAAAGUGCUUGGGUUGUCAAGUGAUCUUUUAGCAGAGGCGCAGAAGGCAGAAGGCAGGAGCGCACGCAGCAGCGGCGCGUUACCAAUGCAUUCUCCAGAUAUUGGAGCAUCCGGAGUGUAAAACAAGGGAAACAAUAGAUUCCACAAGAACGGUGCACGGUGUGCUAUCAUCUCCAAAUGAAUGACAAUGGGGGAGUGGACAAUAUUAGAGCGUCUCUUGGAGGCAGCUGUCCAACAGCACUCUACUAUGAUCGGAAGGAUCCUCCUAACAGUGGUGGUGAUUUUCCGGAUUCUAAUCGUUGCGAUCAUUGGAGAGACCGUCUAUGAUGACGAGCAGUCCAUGUUUGUGUGCAACACCCUGCAGCCCGGCUGUAACCAGGCUUGCUACGACAAGGCGUUCCCAAUUUCCCACAUCAGAUAUUGGGUGUUUCAGAUUAUUCUGGUGUGCACCCCCAGUCUCUGUUUCAUCACCUACUCCGUGCACCAGUCUGCCAAGCAGAAGGAGCGCUUGGAGCGGGGGUAUUCCACCGUGUUCCUCUCCUUGGACAAGCGCCAAGAUUCCAUCAAAAGAGACGACAGCAAAAAGAUCAAAAACACCAUUGUAAAUGGAGUACUUCAGAACACGGAGAACUCCACGAAAGAAGCCGAGCCCGACUGCUUGGAGGUGAAGGACAUCCCAAAUUCGGCCAUGAGAACUAGUGGAAAGUCUAAAAUGAGGAGGCAGGAGGGCAUCUCAAGAUUUUACAUCAUCCAAGUGGUUUUCCGAAACGCUCUAGAGAUAGGGUUCCUGGUGGGUCAAUAUUUUCUGUACGGAUUCAAUGUCCCCGCGGUAUAUGAGUGUGAUCGAUACCCCUGCAUCAAAGAUGUAGAAUGCUACGUUUCAAGACCCACGGAGAAGACUGUGUUUCUGGUCUUCAUGUUUGCGGUCAGUGGCGUCUGUGUGCUUCUGAAUUUGGCUGAACUCAAUCAUCUUGGAUGGAAGAAGAUCAAAGUAGCUGUCAAAGGCGUGCAGGCGAGGAGGAAGUCCAUCUACGAGAUCCGUAACAAAGACAUGCCUAGAAUGAGCAUGCCCAAUUUCGGCCGCACUCAAUCAAGUGACUCUGCCUAUGUGUAGCAUAUUGAGAAGGCCCAAGACAAGCCUCGUGGACACCGGUUGCGUCAAACUGUGUGGGUUCUCGCGGAGGGCCAUUCAUUUCAAAUGGGAGGCAAUCCACACCACUGCGACUCAUCUGCUGGACAAGGUUGUGGUGCGUAGCACUGCGUGCAGUGUGUCGCAUGCGUUGGAUUUUUUCAACUGGUGUAUUGCUUUGCUGUGUGGUACCAGACACAGAAGUAGAUAAACCACCGAAGAAGUUGCAAAUAUGUAGCGUUUUUUUUUUUUUUUUGCAUGCGGCUUAAGUGCGACAGCUGUGCAUUUCAGCACCACUGAACAGAACAAUUGUACAAAGAAUUAAAAUAUAUUUAACAAGAAUGUGGUGUACAUUUUAUCACACCAACUUCGCUUGCGAAGUAGGUGGGGUAGAUCGAUUUUAUUUGUCUUUUACUGACAACUAAAAAACAAACGGACCAAACGUUUGUCAUAUAUUUAUGAGAAGGCACUGAUGCAACGUUUAUAGAUGAUGGUUUAGCCUAUAUUUUGUAAAGCGCUUCUUAGAAGUAUAUAAUGUAUGUGUUGACAUUCACUCUGUCGUUCACUUCAGCUGUUGAACAUGGAGUAAAUACUUGCACUAUAUAUGAAUAAUGAGCCAAAAUAUAUCCAAUUUGUGCUGUGAUGGUGUUUUUACGACAUUCCGCCGGAUUUAAACACCACAUACCAUUAUA